AUGCACUCGGCAGAGGCGGAACGAACGCCCCUGACUGCACCGAUACUAUGUCAGAUCCGCACUGGGUGCGCCACCGGUAGCCGGUUGGUCGGCACCAUACACACCCGCCUCAACUCGUCCCUGGCGGAGGUUCGCCUGCUGCUGGGGCGCCUCGCAAGCAGGGCGCGGGGGGAUGCAGCUGCCCCAGCCGCGCUGGAGGUACACGGGGCGCCAGUCAACAUGACGCAGGAGGAGUGGAAGAAAACCAUGGCGUACCCGCUGCAUCCGUUCGACCUCGGCCUGGCGUUUUCGUUUGUCAGGUGCGGCGGUUGUGUGCCCAUUGCGCGGUGCGACGAGGCGACGUUGCUGCUGGUGGACGUCUUUCCAAAACUGCCGCGUGCGUGGGGCACCUCGACUGUGGCAGGCUGGGCGAUGGAGCCGGCGCCGCCGAUGGUGAAGGUUUUGGCGCGCCCAGGCGAGUACCCACCGUCGCGCAAUGCGCUGGCCGUUGUGUUCAUUGCGCAGGGAGAACCGGGGCGUCUCGUAACGGAGGAAGUGCUGCUCGAGCGCCACAUGCUGCAGCAGGGCGCCUACGGCCGCCCGGACCGACUGGAGGAAUUUUCCGCGCUGCUGAAUGAGUGGAACGGCAACGUGAAGGAUUGCUUUGGGCGAACGGUGCUGCAUGAGUGCGUUUACGAGGGCCGCAAGGAGGCCGUGGCCUUUCUGCUUUCCCUUUCUUUUAUUCGCGUGAACGAGCAAGACGCACAGGGCAAAACCCCGCUGCACCUCGCGGUCAGAGGCGGCAGUGCGUUUCUCGUCUCACGACUGCUGGAGGCCGGAGCCGACGUGCUGCUCGCUGACAACGGCGGUGACACCGCACUUCAUGCGGCGCUGCGCCUUCGCAACGGCCGCCUCGUGGAGUUGCUGUGCGAGCGGCUGCGCGCGAACGGAGUUGAGGCGAAGGGGCUGCGCCGCUUAAAAAACAGUCUUGGCAUGUCGCCCGGGGAUCUAUUUUCGCUGCACUCCCCAACCUUUAUGCAGCUCUGCGAGGAGGGCGACGUGGCUGCCGCCAAAUCCCUCCACGAUCAUUACUUGUUUGCGCCUGACGCCGUAGCCGCGUGCGACGAGCUUCUGCGUCAGUCGGCACUCCACGUCGCCGCUGCCCGCGGGCAUGUGCACGUCCUCAGGUUUCUUUUAGAUGAGCUGAAGCCGGGAAGCUUCGCGGAGGAGCGCAUGCUCGACGCCCGUCUGCAAACACCGCUGCACCUGGCAGCCGCGGGAGGCCACCUUCCGGCGGUCGGCUUCCUUCACGAGAGGUUCCCGUGGUGGGUUUCGCUGCAGGACUUCACAGGCGCCACACCGCUCGUGGCGGCCUUGAGAAGUGGGAGGCGGGGGCGCAUAACCGCCGUGGUGGAGUACCUCAUUGCCGCCUUGCCGCGCGGCUCUGCCGCGGCAAACGCCUGUGACAGCAGUGGGAUGGGCGCACUCCACCUGCUGUGCGAGCUCGGGAUGACGCGUGCCGCGAACUCCCUCAUCGUCGACCACGGCGCCGACGUCACAUUGUCGUGCGCGUGCGGCGGCGUGCCCGCGAGGUACUUGACAACGACGCGUGCGCUGCCGCGACGGUUAAGGGGCGCUGCGAAGGCGUCAAGGGGGCAGUUGGCGAAGGAGCAACGGGGGGUAACGCCGCUUCUUUGCGCCCUCCGCGGGAGGCGCGGCCACGUGAGUACGGUGGAGAUGUUGCUGUCACACGGUGCCGGGACGCGGGCGGACGAGGCGGUCGAGCUGCUCUUCUACCUCGUCACGAAAGGGCAUUACGAGUUGGCGGACCGUGCGGUUGCGUCUGGGGUCAGGCCCGCGACAGAUUCGAACGAGCUGCUCUGCCGCUUCUGCGCGGGGAAGCACGGUGUUGGUAUUCGCUGGUGCGUUGAGCGGGGCUGCUGUGGCCUAAGCUCCCUUGAUGGCGGGUGCCCGCUGCUCCUGAGCUCCGCGGUGGGCGAUGCCGAGGCGGUGGGCUUCUUGCUGUCCUGUGGGGCCGAUCCGAACGUCACACCAGGUGGAACGUCUCCACUGUUGGCGGCUGUCAACAGUGGGCACCACGCCGUCGUGGAGCGUCUGGUGAGAGCUGGUGCGAGGCUUGCGGCUGCGGAUGGCUCCUGGGCCGCGCUGCGUGCCGCCGCAGAAAGCGGCGCCGAGUCCGUCGUCCGUGCCCUGCUUGGACUCCACGUACUUUCGCCCUCGGAGGUGUCCCAGGCCUUGGUGCACACGAUGCAGCAUGUGCGCGGGAGACGGGGUGUUGUGAGCUGUGAGCGGGCGUGUGGGGCCCUCGCGGCGGGCCUUGACCUUUCCUCGCGUGACAUCACACACCCCACGGAGCUUUUGCAUCUCGCGGCGAGCCGUUCCCUUUUUGUCGUUGUGCGGGCACUGGUGGGCGGCCUGCGCGUUCUUCCGGCGUCGACGCUCCGGGAGGUUGUGAAUGCUCCUCCACCGCCGCCUACGCGGCCGUUUGUGCUCAUCGAGCCGGCGACGGCCCCGUUGCGGGUGAGGCGUCCUUCUUCCUUGUCAGCGGAGGGCCGACGGGGCCUGUACCCUGUGCCGAAACCUUUUAAGCGGCUGGUCAUCCGACGACGGGACACUGGGGUGCUGUUUCACCGCCUGCGUCUCCGCGAUGUGUUCAGCUACUGUGCCGAGGCCAGUGAAGGCGAACUGCUUGAGAGUCUCCUGUUUGAUGUGGGGCUGCGGCCUUGGGCGGGCCCGGACUACCGUGGCUGGAAUGCCGCGGAUUACGCAGCUGAGAGGCAACUGACGACCGCCCUCCGCAUGCUACUUGUUGCCGGCCUCACUCCGUUGCGUCGCCACGCGGUGCGCCGUAGCACAAGACUGGGGGCUCUCUGUCGCUCCAUCGCGGCUGUGAAUGGGGGUCUGGGCGAGGCGAGCGUCUUGUCUUCGGUUCUUUGCAAUUUGGCGGCCGCGCGGGAGAAGGCGCUGUUGCGAGAGAUUCUGAUAGAUACAUGUAGAUUCCACGAUGUGCCGGACCUGAGUGGUGCGGGGGCGUGGCUGGACGAACUUGUCCUCUGCUGCGCUCGCACGCGCUGCCUGGACUUGCUGGAAGUGUUGAGGGUAGAGUUCCAGGUCCCGCUGAGGCAGCGACUGCGUCGCUCGGUACAACCGUUGCUGUGGGCUGUGGCGUGCCGUGACGCAGACUUAGUCGCCUACCUCAUCCUUCACGGGGCCCCCGUCGACGCCGUGGACACCAUUCCCGCGACGGGCACUGUCGCCGGCGACCCGCGUGCGCCGGGGCGCGAGAAGCGCGAGGUGUCUCCCUUGUGGCUGGCAGCGCACCUCGGCGACGUUGCGGUCAUGGAGCUCCUGCUCUCGACCGGGCCGCUGUCGCCGGAGCGGUGCGCCGACUCCGCGGAGUUCUGCCGGGAUGCGCUCAGGGCGCUCGUCGGUGGAGCCCCGCGCCGGCCCUCGAAGUCACAGGACGCGUUGAUUGCCAAGGGCGUGGUGAUGUUGGCUCGGGCCGGGCACGUGUACGCGUCGCCGAGCAUCAUGCGCGUGGCUGCGAGAAAAGGGCUGCUGCAGGUGUUGAAGCGUCUGAUAGAGUGUUACGGGCUGCGCAUGCUCACUGAGGAUAUCGCCUCCGGUGAGAUCUGCUCGCUGCAUUACUUCGUUGUUAGGCGGGCGCUGUGCGAGGUGCUGCGUGCCGCGCUGCUGUGUGCGGCUGCCGCCGACGCCGUUGAGGCGGAGGCCGGUCAGCAACUUCUGCGGGCGAUACGGGCAACCAACUUUACAGUGAAUCCAGUGGACUAUGCGCUUAGGGCUGGCUGUGCGGCGGGGGCGAUGCUUCUUCUUGGCCUGGGGCUGUGCGGGAGCGGUGAACGGGAGGAGGGACGUAGCCCCAAGAUUUCCCGCCUCAUACGUUCCUUUCUCGCAAGGCGUGCGGCACAGGGGGAGGAGGGCUACACGAUUCUGCACGCGGCAGUGGAGCUGCAGGAAUGGGAGCUUGUCCGCACGCUUCUGCGCGAGCGUGUCAUUCUCCAGUGCGUUGAGAAAUCGGCUAUUGAGGGACCCCGCGCCGCCACAGCGCCCUCGCUUGCCGCGCUCACGAACUUCUACUUGCAUAGGGGCCACCGACGUCGUUUGUCGUCGUUGGCGGCGCCAAUGCCCGCGAGAAUUUUUCCGUGCGACUUGCCCUACCUUGUGUUUGGCCCGUCUUCCUCCGAGGAGGCGUACCGCGACAUUGUGCGGCUGUCCGCCUCGGGCGGCGGUCUUGAGCAGGCGCUGGAAUUACGACACGGCGGCUUGCCCAAGAGCUUCGUGCGGCAGCUUGUGACGCACCACAGGCACUCCUUCUACUUCGGCAACCGCUCCUUUGGGGUCGCGGCGCUGACGCCGAUGGGUUGGGCCGUGGCGGCGGGAAGUCUGCCGUGGGUGCGGUUGCUGGCCAACAGCGGGGUGUCGACCACAAACUGCCGCUCCACCGUUGCCGGGAUACGCCGCAGCUGUGCCCCGCAGCGGCCCCCGGCCUCGGUGCUACCGGGGCACAGAAAGGCGGCGGUGCGGGCCGUGGCGCGGCGGCACACCUGCCGCAAGGAGGACACGUGCCCUGCGAGCUUCACGGAGGCGCGCUACCCGCUUAGCCCGGCUCUGCUUUGCAUGGCAGUCAUUGUGGAGACCGCUGUCUCCGGCGAUGCCGAGGGAUUGCUGCGGCAGUCGCAGGUCAUGCGUUUUCUGCUUGCCCGCGGGCAGUGUCUUGGGCGGGCGGAGGUCAACCCACUCGCCAUUGCCCUGGCGAGGCUGAGGCUCUGGGGCCUUCUAGAGGCGGUCGUGGCGGCGGCAGCGGCGGGUGACUCCGCGGGGGAUCGCCUCUUCACCACCGUUCAGGAGGCGGAGGUGCCGCCCGUCAUCAGGCGCGCGAUAGGGACCGCGCGCCACGUCAUGCAUGUGGCGGCCCGCUGCGCCCCCAGGGAAAUCAUCAUGCUCGUCGUGAGGCAUUCUCAGCGUGCCGAGAUUGAGGAGUCCUGCGACGCCAGGGGAAGAACGAUGUUUUUUCACGCCUUGCAUCACCCAUGCCGAUGGGCGCUCGAGGCCUUGAUGAGUUUGCGGUUUCCCACGCAUCGCCCGUGCUGCAAGGCGCUUGGGCGCACGCCUCUGAUGGUUGCGUGCCAGCGCGGCCCGCUGUCGCACGUCGCGGCGCUUCUGAAGCAGGGGGGAAUCAACAGCACGGACCGCGGCGGCAACACGCCGCUGCUGCUGGCCGCCGCUGCAGGCCAGAUGGAGAUUGUGGAGCACCUCCUCGCGAAUGGGGCGGAUGCGUCCGUCAGGAACAGCAAAGGACUGACAGCUGUUAUGGCGGCGGCCCUUGCCGGCCACGACCGCCUCGCGGUACCUCUGGCGGAAAAUUUUUCAAAACUGGAACAUUUUUUUUCGCCGCAGACGACGCUGCUGCACUGUGCCGCUGUGGGUGGCUGCCACCGCGUGGCGGCGGCGUUGGUGGGCAUGCUAGAGAAGGUGGACCCGCUGGCUGCGGACGGCAACGGUGACACGGCGGUUUACUUGGCCUACGCCUUUGGCAACGCCCGGGUGCUUCGGGUGCUACUGACUGCCGCCUUGAGCAGAGGCGCAGAGCCCGCCUCCUCGCUGCAUUUGGAGCGUCAAAUAUUCGCCUGCUCCUCCACGCUGCCGCGCCACGGUUGGCUGCGAGGGCUGCUGCAGGUGGGCGAGGCCCUGCUCAACGAAGCCCGGCAACGCUCCUUCUGCCGCUUCGCCAUGCGGCCCGGCGAGAUGACGUACAGCACCUCCACGAGCUUCAGGCGGGCUCGCGCCUCGCUGCUGCUCUGGUGUGUGCGCAACAACAACGCAGUGGGCGUUCGGGUCUUGGGGGACAUGAACGUUGCGGACGACUGUGGGGCGCUUCACGAGGCUGCCAAGCGCGGGCACCUGGACGUGGUGGAGCUUCUGCUGAAGCUGGAAAUGAGCGACCCGAACAGCCUCGAUGGCGUGGGCAGGUUGCCGUUCGAAGUGGCCGCGGUGCAUCGGCAUGUGGCCUGCGCCUCGCUGCUGCUUGCACGCACAAAACUUGAUGUGCUGCGGCUAAGCGGCCCCGCUGCAGGAGGCGCGGAAAACGCCCUUCACCGCCUUGCGUCCGCUGGGUCUGCAGAGACCCUCGUGGCGCUGGUGGAGGCGUUUCGGCGGAGAAGCGACUCCGACUGGGCCGUGGUUGCGUCCAAACUCCUCGACGCCUUGGACACUCCCGACUCGGCCGGGAUGACGGCAUUUGAGGCUGCCGUGGCGAUGGGGAACCCCGCCGCGGUGCUUCGUGUGGCCCAAGUGCUUCAGCGACUGGCGUUGGCCUCCGCCCGGGCGAACGCUUUGAGUAUUUCAAACUCUUUUCUCAUGCAGCUCCCUGGCGUGUCGCCCGCCGCGCGGGUUCUUCUGUACGACGUGUUUGGCGUUGCAGAGGUGGCCACGUGCGUUGGCUUUGCGCAGGGGAGGCACGCGGGUCGCUUGACGUUUGCCGAUGUGCGGCUGAUUGGCGCAAACGCGUUGAGGGAGUCUGCCUUUUGCGCCACCGAGGUGGCCGCGGCGUUCACGCUGGAGCACGAGGUGGCCGUCGCCUCCGCCCUGCUGCGGGGCCUGCCCUUUCGCAUACGGUACAACCCGCGCUCGCUGGAGACGCGGAGUGCGGAGCAGCGGGUGCAGUUCCUGCAGUGGCUGGCGUCCUCGCUCGUUCUUUCCAACUACGAGCCGUGGGACGAAGACAACGCCCUUGACACGGUGGAGGUCGAGCUUGUGCUGCACCGCGCGGAGGAGUUUGUCGAGCUGUCGAACGGGCAUUUGCGGCAUUCCGUCUACGUGGACUCCCGUCGUCUGCUGGCUCCACCGCUUCAGGCGAAGUUUCAGUUUGCCUCGAGGCGGGAGGCAGCGCGGCUGCGGGGCGUGGCCGAAGGACGGUGCCGCUCGCUGACGCAGAAGCUGCGGCAACUUCCGCACCCCGCCGCCUCGAGCGGCCGAGUCGCGGUGGAGUGGGGCGACGGCAGGGUCGCGGUGGGCGUGGAGGCUGUCACGCGUCUCAUGUACGACGGCCUGGCGCGGCUUGAGUUGUUUCUCGACGGGAGGCUGAAGGACGCCCUUGCCGGCGUCGCCGUGGAGGACGUCCUCGCGGUGACUGCGGCGACGGGCGACGCUGCGGCUGCGGCGGAUAUCCGUUUCUGCUACGCCCGCGAGGCCGUGCCGGGGCGUCAGGGCCCCGCGCCGGCGGGCGGCAUCGUCCUUCUCUUCAACGAGGACGCGGUGCAGGACGUGGAGCCCGUGCUGCGCGCCGCGCUGUACAGGCCAAUUCUGGCCGACGUGAACCUCGUGGGCGUCAGUUUCGUCCGGGACGCGUUUCUGGCGGAUGUCCGACGUCGCGUUGCGGCGCCGCUGGCCGCGGCAGGUGUUGCGGCGGGCUGCAGGCUGCAGCUUGAGGGCGGCACGCUGGACGAACUCCCGCUGCACCUGCUGCAGGCCAUGAUGGCCGACGCGGCCGAGGCCCUCGCGUCGCUGAUGACCGAGCCCACGGCGAGCAUGCAGGCCUUCCACUCCUCACGAAUUGUGAGGGACGCCCUGGCGCGGAGCCUGCACUCUGUCGUCGUCCUCUUCUCACCGGAGCGGCGCCCCGCAGCCAGCUUUUCGGACGGCACAUUGCUGCUGUGCCUCGGCCGCCAGCUUGCCCCGACGCGGUGUGAGAUCUACGAGCGACUCCGUCGUGGGGCGCUGGCAGAAGAGAUUGAGCGCCUGCGGGGGGAGCUGCCUCGCGUCGUCGCCGCGGUGCGUGAGCGUCACCAGAGGCAACUGCCGUCGACGACGUUCCUGCUGGACCCCGCCGCCUUGCUUGAGGCGCAGGAUGACGAGUACGUUGCCUCCGCGCUGAGCCUCUUGUGCCACAGCGGCGGCGCUCUUGUCUUGCAGCCUCUCUUUGAGGGCGUUUCCAUUGGGUGGGACACCGGCCUGGGGGCUGUGGUGCGGCGCCACGUGCGGCAAUUCAGCCUGGCGGUGGAGCUGUACGGGAGCGGCUCAUGUGUGCUGUACGACGACGGCAGCCUUGUCUAUAACUGCCCCCUGCGCUGCCUGGAGCGCGGCGCGUGCGCAACCGCGACGUGGUAUUUGCUCUCCGCCCAGCAAAUUGCGUCGCUGCUGCUGCUGCAGCUGUCCGUGGUGGAUCCCGGCGUCGUGGGGCUCAUCAACGUGACGCGGCCCGUCGCGUGCUGGUCGCAGGCAUACGGCGUCGGCACCCGACUGCUGACUGCCGGCCGCCAGCGCAACGCCGUGCGUGUGACGACGCGCAACUUCUUAAACCUCCGCUUGGGCCACGACGUCAGCGAGGGCAGCCUCACCUUCGCGGGAAAGUGGCGCGCCGUGAGAGUCGAGCAGGCAACUGGCUGGGUGCACUUCACGGCACCGACGAAAUCCGGGUAUUUUUACCAACACAUUCGCAUGGGCGGGCAGCCGAUAUUUAACUCCCCCCUGCGUAUUCGAGUGAAGCCGCUCCAGGUCCACCUGCCGCGUACAGAAGUGCGCUCGAAGUUCAACACCGUCGUCGUGGGGCGGCCGUUUGAGAUCGUGUUGCGGCUGCGCGACAGGUACGGGAACCGAAUAGAGGCAGCGGCGGCGCUGGAGAUUUCGUCGGCCCCGGGCGGGGUCGCCAAGGUUCUGUCCUGGAGCCGCCCGCACGUGGACACCGUUACGGUGCAGGCGGUGGUGACGGAGGUCCGCGACAGCUGCACGGUCCCCAUUCGCCUGUGUGCCGCGGCGGGGCGCAGCUUCACGCUGCCCUUCACGGUGGAGAGCGUCAGCCGGCGGACGCACCGCCAGAUUUGCCUGCUCCGUCGCGGCUACACGCUGGACCGGGAAAAGGGCCCUGCGGCGACGCAGGCGAGGGCCUCCAAGGCGAAGGCGAAGGCGGACGCGUACGAUCGCGCAAAGUAUUUUUUCAGGAGGGCGGUCCGCGACGCUGAGCGACGCCGCCUCGCGCGGGACGCCAAGUCGAUUGGUGGCCUCUUGACACGUGUGUUUCCCCCACGGCGACCGACGGGCAACUCCGCAGCGCGGCCGCAAAACGGCGGGAGACGCAUGUGCGAGUAA